AUGAAUUGUUAUGACAUUUCAAAUUCAAAGUAUACCUCUUCUUUGGAGGUUAGUGGUUUGCUGGACUGCAACUUAACGUUGGAAUCAAGCUCUAAUAUACAAAUUGAAAAUAAUGUAUCAGAAACUCAUAGAGAUUUAGCUGAAUCAACUAGCAGAAGUCACUCCACAGUUGUGCAUGAGUUUCCUUUUUCUCAAGGAAAGGUACUGAAAUUGCUAAAUGAAAGAAUUGGGGAAACUCCUACUUCUCAGGUUGCCAUGACUGGAGAUAGGGUAAAUGAUGCACCUACAUUAAAGAAGGCAGAUAUAGGAAUUCCCAAGGGCUUAGGCAUAAAAGUUGCAAAAAGUGCUUCAGACAUGGUUUUAACUGAUGACAAUUUUGCUACAAUAGUUGCAGUAAUGAGACAUUGUAAAGGCACAUAA